CCUCCUCAAAAAAAGAAGGAAAAAAAAAGAUAGCGCUUUUCUCUCUCUCCUUCUCUUCUUUAUUUACUGAUAUAUUUGAGUUUUUGAGGUUUUUCGGGUGAUUUUAGAGCUUGAGAGGUUCAGUUUGAUGGCGAUUUUGAGGGGGAGUGAGCUUCUUCGAGCUUUAUGCUGCCUGAUUUCAGCUUAAAUUCUCUACGUUUUGGUUCCGAUUCGAGAAAACCCUAGCUUGAAUCUUUGUUUGUUCACUGGAAUCGAGAAAUGAAGUCAAAUUCUUAUUUUGAGCUCUGUUGAAAGGUUUAGGGUUUCGAGAUGAACUCUUCGCUGAGUUUAGGGGAGCAGGAUCAAGAUGACGGAGAGAAGAGAAGCUUGAACUCGGAGCUCUGGCACGCGUGUGCUGGGCCUCUGGUCUGCUUGCCGACCAUCGGCACACGUGUGGUUUACUUCCCUCAAGGCCACAGUGAGCAGGUUGCAGCUUCCACAAACAAGGAGGUCGAGGGCCACAUCCCGAAUUAUCCGAAUUUGCCUCCUCAGUUGAUAUGCCAGCUUCACAAUGUCACAAUGCAUGCAGACGUGGAAACUGAUGAAGUCUAUGCACAAAUGACCUUACAGCCUCUAAGCCCGCAAGAACAGAAGGAUACUUAUGUACCCAUUGAGAUGGGCGUCGCGAGCAAGCAGCCGAUGAACUAUUUCUGCAAGACUCUAACGGCGAGUGAUACAAGUACUCACGGGGGCUUCUCUGUUCCUCGUCGUGCUGCUGAAAAAGUGUUUCCACCUCUGGAUUUCUCGCAGCAGCCACCUGCGCAGGAGCUUAUUGCCCGGGACAUUCAUGAUGUUGAGUGGAAGUUUCGGCAUAUCUUUCGAGGCCAACCAAAAAGACAUCUUCUUACUACAGGCUGGAGUGUGUUUGUCAGUGCCAAGAGACUUGUUGCUGGGGAUUCUGUCAUCUUCAUAUGGAAUGAGAAGAACCAGCUUUUGUUAGGAAUUCGGCGGGCUAGCCGACCACAAACCAUAAUGCCCUCAUCAGUUCUGUCCAGUGAUAGUAUGCACAUAGGGCUCCUUGCUGCAGCAGCUCAUGCUGCUGCGACAAAUAGCCGUUUCACCAUUUUCUAUAACCCAAGGGCAUGCCCAUCUGAGUUUGUUAUACCACUGACAAGAUAUGUUAAAGCUGUCUAUCACACUCGUGUAUCAGUUGGGAUGCGCUUCCGCAUGCUGUUUGAGACUGAAGAGUCGAGCGUUCGCAGGUACAUGGGGACGAUUACAGGCAUAGGUGAUUUGGAUCCUGUCCGCUGGCCAAAUUCUCAGUGGAGGUCAGUCAAGGUUGGUUGGGAUGAAUCUACUGCUGGUGACAGACAGCCUAGAGUUUCGCUAUGGGACAUUGAGCCUUUAACCACUUUUCCCAUGUAUCCAUCAUUGUUCCCACUCAGACUUAAACGGCCUUGGCAACCUGGGGCAUCAUUCCCUCAUGUAAGUAUGCAAGAUGAGGGCAAUCCUUUUAUGUGGUUAAGAGGGGAUGCAAGAGAUCAAGGCCUUCAUUCCUUGAAUUAUCAAUCACUUGGUAUGGGCCCCUCAAUUCAGCAGAGGGUUGAAUCGUCAAUACUAGGCAAUGAGCGUGAUCAAUACCAUAUGAUAUCUGCUGCAGCUUUGCAGGACUUAAGGGGUGGGGAUUUUCUAAAGCAACAACUGUUACAGUAUCAGCAAUCUCUUCAGUUUCAGCAGCACUCUGGCCUAACCAGUCCAUUAUUUCAGCAGCAGUUUGUUCAGCAAACAGACACUCAGCAGAUUAUUUGUCCUCAGUCGCAAAGUAUAGUGGAAAACCAUAAUGUUCUAAACCAGCAGUUGCAGCAGCCCCAUGAUGAGCAACGGAAGCAGCAAGUCCAGGAGAUCCAAGACUAUGCACAGAUGUUAUCGUUCCAGAACAAUUACUUGCAGCAGCCGAAAUCUCCAGUGAUUUCUCAGUUGUGUCAAAAUUUGGUUUUUCCUGGUUCAGGCGCAAAUUUCUCAUCAGCCGUGCCACCUACCGGUGUACAGAGUAUUAUGAAUGAUGGUCAGCCUCAUAGAGUUGCCAAUGUUUCAAAUUUGUCAGGACUUGGUCAACCCAUGAGUGAGCAAAACCAGCAACCAUGGGAGACAAAGCUUACCAUGUCUCCUUUUACUGGCACAGUUUUGCUCCCAUCAUUACCUGAGAAGGAUGGUUCUGUGGAAGCUGAUAAUGGCGGAGCUGAAUCUGAGAAUCACAAUGUAUUUAGUGGGAAUAUGGAUUCCUCCUCUCUUCUCUCCAAUGGUGUGCACACCCUAAGUGCAAAUGCUUUCAACACUAAUUUAUCUCCAGCACAGUAUGAUGCUCCUUGUAUUCAGAAUCCUCUUUACAGUUACUUGGAUGAAUCAUCAGGUUUUGCGCAAAAUAGAGAGGAGACUGAUCUGACAACCAAAACAUUUGUGAAGGUUUAUAAGUCAGGAUCAGUUGGAAGAUCACUAGACAUCUCUCGCUUCAGUAGUUAUGAGGAGCUACGUGAGGAGCUGAGUCAGAUGUUUGGUAUUGAGGGUCAAUUGGAAGACCCUCGUAGAUCAGGCUGGCAGCUUGUAUUUGUCGACAGGGAGGAUGAUGUGCUUCUCCUUGGAGACGACCCCUGGGAGGCAUUUGUGAAUAAUGUUUGGUACAUCAAAAUACUUUCACCAGAGGAUGUGAAGAAAAUGGGGAAACCGAGUGCAGAAUCCUUCUCUUAGUUUUCUUGCCGGUGAAAAAUCCAAAUUGGUUCACAAUUUGCUGCCUAUGGGCACUCUAGUUUAGCUAUCGUCAUGGACAGUGCAGUAGAACUGGCACGGGGCCGCUUGUUCGCUGCAGUACUUUGUUCGGUUUGUAGCGUAAAUGUUAACUAUGUUCUCUAUGAACCACUUCGAUCAAGUAUCUGUACUCCUGGACAAUCUUUUGUUGUAUCUUACUGUAUGCUUCUUUUAUGAUUAUUAUGCACCUGCUAACACUUUGCCUUAA